GGAGCUCGCCCUGUGGCUGCUCGGUGGUGGGUGAGGGAUCAGCUUUCUCCGCUAGUUCCCACCCUGGGAGUCCUUAGCCCCUGGAAUGCGUGAGGGAGAUGCUUAGGGAGUUCCCGAAGUGGGGCGUAGAGGCAUCGCCUGGCAAGGCCUGGGAGCGAAAAAGAUCUCUACUUCGUGGAGCCGUUGGACGCCACCGGGGAGCCACUGGUGGGGACCUUUUUUGGGACCCCUUUCCUUCCUGGGGUACUAUGGAGUUCCCAGAACACAGUCAGCAGCUGCUGCAGAGCCUCCGGGAGCAGCGGUCCCAGGGUUUCCUUUGUGACUGCACCGUGAUGGUGGGUAGUACCCAGUUCUUAGCCCAUCGGGCUGUGCUGGCCUCCUGCAGCCCAUUCUUCCAGCUUUUCUACAAGGAGCGGGAAUUGGACAAGAGGGAUCUGGUGUGUAUUCACAAUGAAAUUGUCACAGCCCCAGCCUUUGGGCUGCUUCUGGACUUUAUGUAUGCUGGCCAGCUGACCCUGAGAGGGGAUACCCCUGUGGAGGAUGUGCUGGCAGCUGCCAGCUACUUGCACAUGAAUGACAUCGUCAAGGUGUGUAAGCGGCGGCUUCAAGCCCGGGCCCUGGCAGAGGCAGACAGUACCAAGAAGGAGGAGGAAACCAACUCACAGCCUCCUAGUUUGGAGUUUUUGUCUAGUACUUCCCGUGGCCCCCAGCCUUCGUUGGCGUCUGCUGAGACAUCAGGCCAUUGGGGCAAAGGGGAAUGGAAAGGCUCUGCCGCUCCCUCACCUACUGUCCGUCCUCCAGAUGAGCCACCAAUGUCUAGUGGGGCUGACACUACACAGCCUGGCAUGGAGGUUGACACACCACAUCUGCGGGCACCUCAUCCACUAGUGGCUGAUGUCUCUCUUGCCAGCCCUAGUAGCUCCACUGAGACCAUUCCUGCAAACUACUUCUCUUCUGGCAUCCCAACAGUUUCACUGGAGCCACUGCCAUCUCUUGAUGUGGGUCCUGAGAGUCUGAGGGUGGUGGAACCAAAGGAUCCUGGAGGACCACUGCAAGGCUUCUAUCCCCCAGCCUCAGCCCCAGCCCCUGUCUCAGCUCCAGUUCCAUCCCAGACUCCAGCCCCAGCUGAAGCUGAGGUGGUCCAGGUGAAAGUUGAAGCUAUUGUGAUCUCUGAUGAAGAGACUGAUGUGUCAGAUGAACAGCCUCAGGGUCCUGAGAGAGCAUUCCCAUCUGGAGGAGCAGUGUAUGGGGGACAGCCCUCCCAGCCAGAGGCUUUUGAAGACCCAGGGGCAGCAGGACUGGAGGAGGUGGGGCCAAGUGACCACUUCUUGCCAACAGACCCUCAUCUACCCUACCAUCUGCUGCCAGGUGCAGGGCAGUAUCAUCGAGGAUUGGUGACCUCACCCCUGCCUGCACCCGCAUCCCUGCAUGAGCCACUUUACCUGUCUUCUGAGUACGAAGCAGCUCCAGGAAGCUUUGGGGUUUUUACUGAGGAUGUUCCCACCUGCAAGACAUGUGGGAAGACCUUCUCAUGCUCUUACACACUACGGCGACAUGCCACAGUGCACACACGUGAGCGACCCUACGAGUGCCGCUACUGCCUGCGGAGCUACACGCAGUCAGGGGACCUCUACCGCCACAUCCGCAAGGCUCACAACGAGGACCUGGCCAAACGCAGCAAACCAGAUCCAGAAGUGGGACCCCUUUUAGGGGUGCAGCCUCUCCCUGGCUCCCCAACAGCAGACAGACAGAGCAGCAGUGGUGGAGGGCCACCCAAAGAUUUUGUACUUGGCCCCAAAAACUAACAUCUAAGGGAGCAUGAGCUGAUGCUAGGCUGCUCUUGCCAUCCUUAGAUGGCAGCUCAGAAGGUUGGUGGCAUCUCAUCACCCCUGCUGGGUGACAAGAAUAAAGGUUCUGCCCAGGCUGAAAGUUCCUACCCUUUUUUUUUUUUUUUAAUUUUUUAUUUUUUUGAGACAGAGUCUCUGUCGCCCAGGCUGGAGUGCAGUGGCGCAAUCUCGGCUCACUGCAAGCUCAGCCUCCCGGGUUCAUGCCAUUCUCCUGGCUCAGCCUCCCGAGUAACUGGGACUACAGGCGCCUAUCACCAUGCCCGGCUAAUUUUUUUGAUUUUUAGUAAAGACGGGGUUUCGCCGUGUUAGCCAGGAUGGUCUCGAUCUCCUGACAGAUCUCCUGACCUCGUGAUCCGCCCGACUUGGCCUCCGGCAGUGCUGAGAUUGUAGGCAUGAGCCACUGCGCCCAGCCGCCUUUUUUUUUUUUUUUUUUUUUUUUUUUUUUGAGAGAGUCUUGCUCUGUUGCUGAGGCUGGAGUGCAGUGGCGCAAUUUCAGCUCACUGCAACCUCUGCCUCCCGGAUUCAAGCAAUUCUUUUUUUUUUUUUUUUUUUUUGAGACGGAGUCUUGCUCUGUCCUCCAGGCUGGAGUGCAGUGGCGCAAUCUCGGCCCACCACGCCUGGCUAAUUUUUUGUAUUUUUUAGUAGAGACGGGGUUUCACCAUGUUAGUCAGGAUGGUCUCGAUCUCCAGACCUCAUGAUCCACCCGCCUCAGCCUCCCAAAGUGCUGGGAUUACAGGCUUGAGCCACCGUGCCCGGCCUCAAGCGAUUCUCUUAACUCAGCCUCUCGAGUAGCUGGGAUUACAGGAACGUGCCACCACGCCCAGCUAAUUCUUGUAUUUUUAGUAGAGACAGGGUUUCACCAUGUUGGCCAGGCUGGCCUCAAACUCCUGACCCCAGGUGAUCCGCCCACCUUGGCCUUCCAGAGUGCUGGGAUUAAAGGCAUGAGCCACCAUGCCCAGCCUCCUACCCUUUUCUUUGCCCAGCCAAAUAAGCAGGACUUUAUGGGGCAAAGCAUAUGUCAGCUCUCUCCAAGGGCACUGGGAAUUUUCCUGAGGUGUAAUCGCUUCUCACUGUAUGUUCUGGAACAUAAAGGUAGCAAUGAAAGUAUUUCUUUGAA